UCAGACAGCAACAUUGCUACCAUAGGCUGCAUUUUAAGAAACAGUUCACGGAUUAAUCUCAGUUAACAACUUUGAUUUUUGUUUUCAAUAAACAUUGUAUUUUAAAUAAUUAAUUAAAUUUAAUAUGCUAGUGACGAAUUUAACUAAAAUUUUAACUCCUCGGGGUUAUAAAACUGCUUUAAAAUUACUCUCUACACCAACAUGGUCUAAUUUUGAGUCCAAGGGUCUUUCUCCUGCCAAUUUUGCAAUCCAAUCACAACAAUUAAGAUGCUUAAGCUUAACUGCAAAUCUAUUUUCUGAGCGAAGAUACCAUGAUAAACAUGAAUGGGUAACGAUUAAAGAUAACAUCGCGACAGUUGGCAUUUCUAAUUAUGCUCAGAAACUAUUGGGUGACAUCGUUUUCGUAGAGCUGCCAGAAGUUAACCGUGAGGUUGAAAAAGAUGAUGAAGUCGGUUGUGUGGAGAGUACUAAAUCAGCAAAUGACAUCUAUUCACCAAUCUCUGGAAAAAUUGUUGAAGUUAACGAAAAACUAGAAUCCGAACCACAUUUACUCAACUCAUCUCCAUAUGAUGAGGGUUGGAUUUACAAGAUGGAAAUACCAAGUGAAGAAGAGUUUUCCAGGUUGAUGGACGAGGACCAUUAUGAAAAAUUCGUUAGGAUACAAGAUGGUGACUCCGCACAUUGAUGACCUUUAAUCUUUACAAAUGUUUUGAUUACAAGGUUUUAAGAGUUUAAAUUGUUAGUGAAUUUCUUUAUUGAGGCCAAUGAAAAAGUAAAACAAAUCCUUGCGCAACCCUUUAAUAUUUAACAUUAUUUUUUCCAUUAAAGACGAAACGAUCUAAGCUGUUGA